GACAACCAUAUUUAUCUAUUGAAGUUAAGAAGGGGAAGUAUAUACUGAAAGCAGUAGUAGGUAAGUGGUAGCUUUCAUGGGGUGGAAAAUUUAACGAGACAUCCAGAGUGACUUGCAGCGUAAAUAAGUGUUUACCGGACAGGAAGUGAAAAUGUACGAACUUCCGAUGUAUCAGUGGUUUCAAAUGUCCUUUCGAACUCGGGCUUCUAACAAAGGAUAAUACAAACGUAAAAAUGGGUCUUUCUUCGAUAUGGACGGUACUUAUUUUGUCCAUUUUAUUGGAGCACACGCUGGAUACAUUCACGCAAGAUGUCGAUGGAGAUCCAGGCGGAGAUUUAAACGACUUAGGAGUUACAUUUCCGUCACCGGAAGAGAUCAAACCGGUAGAAUUUGUAACGGCGAACAGCACGAUCAUUACAUCUCAAACCGGAUCAAAAGCUCUAUUACCCUGCGUCAUCAGUAACAUUGGAGAUGGAAUGGUAUCGUGGAUUAGACGAAAAGACUACCAUCUUUUGACUGUGGGUGUUGUUACAUACAGUAGUGAUGCUCGUUUUCAAGUAAUACAUAGCCAACAUUCAGAGGACUGGACGCUGCAAAUAAAAUAUGUGCAAACACGGGACGCUGGAUUAUAUGAAUGUCAAGUUUCAUCGCAUCCUCCAACAAGUAUAUUUAUUCAGCUGAUUGUCGUAGAGGCGAAGGCGGAGAUUUCUGGGCCUACCGAAAAGUAUUUAAAGCCAGGUUCGGGCUUGCGGCUGCAAUGCACCAUAUCACAGAGUACGGAACCGCCACUCUUUGUCUUCUGGUAUCACAACAACCGCAUGAUCAAUUACGACGCAGAUAAGGGAAUCAAUGUGACAACGGAACUGCCAACGAAAACAAGUCUUCUGACGAUAAACAGUGCUGCUACCAGACAUUCCGGAAAUUACUCCUGCGUUCCCAGUAACGCACAACCAGCAAGCACAUACGUGCACAUAUUAAACG